AUGGAGGAGGAUUCAUCUAUGAAUGAACGCCUAAAUUAUUCACGUUUUACUAAUUCAAAAAGAAGUUUGGGAGGCGCCUUCUUCAUUUUACUAUAUAUUACCAUUAUCGUUAGUAACUUUAUCUGUGUCAUUAAAAUAAUAAAGCAACAUUAUAGAAGAAAGAAACGAACACUCGAUAUUUACAGUCAAUAUUCCUAUGGUAAAGCUCAUGCGUUUAUUAUCGUUUUAUCAUCAUCUAAUAUUUUUUUUCCAUUAACAUUAUCGCCUAUCAUAUUAGUACCCAAUUUUAUUGGUAGAUGGAUUGGUCAUCAUUCUGCUUGCUAUGCUAGCACCUUUCUAUUGGUGACAUGGACUAAUAUUAGCACGAUUGUAUCCCUUUUUAUGGGUUUUGAACGUUAUGUUGCGGUAAAAAAGCCAUUUCAAUAUCAGCGUAUCUUAACAUGGUAUAACUUUACAUUAGCUAACGUAUGUAUGGUGAUCUAUUGCUUGAUGAUAGCCGGGCUUACUAUUCGAUUUGAUAUGACACGAUUUUAUGAACAAGUACCGUUAUGCUAUACAUAUUAUAAUUUAUCUUCAAGAGAACAACAAGGAGUUUUAGCUACCAGCACCAUUACACAUAGCUUAUGUUUCAUUUUAUUAACUCUGACAAGUAUACUAGUUUUACAAGAAUUGCGGCAGAUGCAUCAUCGCAUAUGUCAAGUUGCUUCUGUACAGGCUAAUUCACGAGAUGAUCUGAAUAUACAGCGUUCUAGACUUAUUAGCGUUGGGCGGAAUCCAGUAGCUGCAACGCGAAAAACAGCUAAAGUUACAAUUUUAGUAACGACAGUCCAUUUAAUUUCAUGGCUUCCAGGCAGGAUUGCGCAGUAUUGGAUGAUUACUACAGGAACUAUUCCUCCAUCUGCUUGGAGAAUAUCUAUUUUACUUGCUCGAAUAGCUGAAACAAUCAUUAUUCCGUUAAUCAUCAUUGUAUCAAGAAAAAAAAAUAUUAGACGAUAUCUUAAAAGAUUAUUUUGA